AAUAAAAUUAUACAGUUAAUAUUUACAAUAAAUUAUUUAAUAAAUAACCAUUUAAAAACUGAACCAAAAAGUAAAACAAAUAUAUUAAAUUAGUUAAAUAUUAAACAAAGUUUAAAAAAUGCCAGCAAGAAGAAAAACUGGAGGAGUCAGUAGCCCUAUGUCCGAUGACAAUGGAAAUAAGGAUAACGAGGCGUAUAUAUUGAAAAGGCAAAGAAAUAAUGAUGCUGUUAAGAAAACCCGAGAAAAAUCCAAACAGACCGCCCAGGUGCGCAAGGAAAAUGUGGAAAAGUUACGUGUUGUCAACAAACAAAUGGAGACUAAAAUAGAAAUGGUCAAAGCCAAUGUAGAAGAUUUGAAGAAUUUACUAUUGCAUAAAGUCGAUUCUUCCAAACAUGAUGAAGUGAUUAAAAAAAUACUAGAAGAAGAAACUGAUGAAGAUGAUGACUAAAACAAGGGGGUGUUCAAAAAAACUAUAACACUGGAAAAAAGGCACUAUUAAUGAAAAAGUUUCAAGCUGUGAAUUUACUGCUCUGAGUGGACUAACAAAAACUUUCAAAGAAAAAAGAAUGACCUAGAGAUUACAAUAACACACCAAGUAAAUCAUAACUAAAUAUGUAAUGAAAUGCUACAAUCUAUAAUAAAUAUUGGUAUUUGUAUUUGUUAUUCAUAUAGAUAAUUAAAUCUUUGUAUGCAACUAAAUUUCUAAAUAAAAACUCUAAAACUGCGUAGCUUGUGAACAGAGCAA